AUGUCUCCGUCCUCGUCCACAGAGAAAACUUCAUCAGGUCUCAACAUCGAAUCGGAUCUAGCAGGUUUGGAUUUGAGUACGUCGCCUACCAUGGGAAAUCAGCAAUCUGAUCAAGAGGCUAUCCGAGAGACAACUCUUAUGCCGUUGUACAAUAUGGCUGAAUCGACUUCGCCAAAGGUUGCGGAAUAUCCCUCAAACAACGCUGGCGCCAACGAGAAUAGCCUUGCACCUACAACCCUCAACAGUUUUACUCGCUUCAUGGAUCUUCCAACAGAGCUUCGACUGGCUAUAUGGGAGCUCAGUUGUGAAAUGCCAAGAUUUGUGGACUUUUGGAUGGGAACUACUCGGAACAUCAAGUGCCCCAAUAUCGAUGCGAAACAUAGGAGAAGGACGGAGAAAUAUCUAAAUUCAUUCGCAUGCAGACCGGUAUACAAAAGUCACGCUAAAACGGUUCCCUCGAUCUUGCACACAUCGCAAGAAGCUCGCGCAGUCGGACUCAACUACUUUUCGCCCUUGUUCAAUGAAUACCAGCAUAACAUCCCUGUGCGAUCCUUCGCCCAGCCCCAGGUCUACCGAGUUCCGCCCCAAUUCUACUUUAAUCGCGCAUAUGAUAUCCUUGUUAUACCUCCUUCAAUGAGUGCGGCUAUGGGCUACGAGACAAUGAAUCAUUUGGUGAAGAAAAUAUGCAGCGGAGACAUACGAAAGAUAGCAGUUUCAUCAUUCGAAGGUUCUUAUCUCUUCCUACCGAGGAAAGCACUUCUACAGACGUACACAAAAGUUUGGAAGAAGUCAUUCUCUACUGGAUGCCUCUGGAUCACAAGCCUUUGUUUGAGUAUUUUGACGACAGAAAUCUGGUUGAUUUUGAGUUUAGAUCUGUUGAUGACCCGACUGUUAGCACAUUAUGGUCUCACGCGAGGCAGAUAUUGGAAUCUGGGGCUGAAAGUGUUCGCUUUAGACAUGGGAAGACGAUGGACCUCUUUCUUCAAGGCAGACCUGAUGUCCCGUCACCCGGUGAACUACCAAGUAUAA